AUGACGACCACGGAACAACAAACUGACCUGAAGCCCUACGUGGUGCACACGGUGGGCGAUGCCUCGGAAACUGUCCAGACGCCGGGGAUGGUGCGCCAGCCGGCCGUCGUGCCGGGGAAGGGCGACACCACCAAGAUCUGGAUGGGCAAGGUGACGGCCGCGCCGCGCGAAAAAGGGCCGCCGCACACACACCUCGAGGCGGAGACCGCCGCCUACGUGAUCAAAGGGCAUGUGCGGGUCUAUUUCGGCGAGAACUUCGCGGAGUGGAUCGAGGCCGGGCCUGGCGACUUCAUCUUCGUGCCGGCGAACACGCCGCACAUCGAGGAGAACCCCUACGACGAAGAGCAGGAGGGCAUCCUGUGUCGCACGCCGGACAACCUGGUGGUGAACCUGUAA